AUGGUAGAUCGUGAAAUUAUUCCUACUGUUAUGGACGUAUUAGCUAAUGAAAAAAAACAAGCUCAGAUUAUUGCCUCAUCAUUUAUUAAUAAGAGAAUUGAAAAUAUGUUGGAAUGGUUUAAUAAAAUGCUCUUCUUUGUUGAUCUCUUAAAAGAAAAAAGAGAUAAAAUCAUAAAUUCAUCAUGUGUCGUUGAGGCAAAUGAAGCAAUGAAUACUAUCAAUGAUGUAAGAUUUUAUAUCGAUAAACUUGAAGGCUUAAUUCCACAGAAACAAUGGCCUUAUCCAUCUUAUGAAACUUUAUGGAAUGCUCAUUGUUAA